GAUUGGCCGGGGAUGGGGAAGGGAUAAUGGCAUUGCAUUUGUUGAAUUCGUGUGUUAUGUCAGGCUGCAGAGCCUGUAAUAUAGGGUAGAGGCAGUAGCUCUCUUACCAUUUUUACUUCUCUACUUGCUUCCAUACAUCUACCAGCUCAACGAGUCAACACCCUGGAAACAAAGCCCUGAACUAACCGUGGAGAUGAAUGAUCCUAAAAAUAAAACUAGCACUACUAUUACAGCUGAUGCUUAUCCCGGACCCAUUAGUCCAACCCACCAUAAGGGCCUACGUUGGAAAAACCUUCUUUCAACCAUUCUAACAGUAAUACUUUUUUUUUUUAUCUUGAUAUUCACCGAAUGGUGUGCCUUAAACCCGGCUCAAAUCCCCGAACUCAACUCUCCAUGGUUGUUUUGAUUUUCAUUGUUAUACUCGUGGUUUAUGUACUUCGACGACAGUGUACUCCGGAAUAUGCGCUAUAGGAGAUUUGCGCGGGUGGACCCAGCGUUUACACCUAUCUUCUUUCAUUAUUUCUUAUAGAAAGUUGCUCGGAACUUUUUCAUCCAUCGUUCAGGUGAGAGACAGGGAUGUACGGAUAGUUAACUCCACUUGCCAAAGAUCUUCGGAUACUUUGCAUUUGCUGACGUUACAUUAUAGUUAUUGCGCAGGUACUUUAGAAUUAAUGAACUAGUUAUGAUAACAUAAAAACAUUAAGGGG